CAUUCAUUACUGGAGCGCCCCGUCAGUCUUUGGGAGUGCAGUGUGACGAUAAUACUAUUAUCGGAAUGUUGCUGGCGCACAAUUUAAACAUUUGCUUGCGGUCGGUUAUAAUCUACUUGAGCAUGGAACUGCUGUACGUGAAUGCAAAUGUGAAUGGGGAUGCAAAAAUCCAUGAGCUAAUCACACUUUACAUUCCUGCAGAGUUAGUCCUUCAGAAUUUUACGAUCCCAGAUGCCAAACAUAUAUUCGCGCAUAAGUGUAAGAAGGCUGAUAUCCAAGAUUCUGUCAAUGCGACUAUUGACGGCGCAACUGGGCAUCUUGUGCAAUGUGUUACGAGCAAGGCAAAUCUGACCGAGAUCGAUGCAGUAAGACUACAUGUUGAUUUGGAUACCAGAGAGAGUAAGAAGUUUUGUCAACAGCGGUUGCAGUCAGCAACCUUCUUACGCCAGUUCAGUAUGCAGUUAUCACCUUGUUUGUCAGUGGUCGAACGUGAGCAGAGUGCGUUGGUGGUGCGCGUCAAAACGAUUUUUGAUUAUGUGUGCUCGGACCAUGGUGAAGUGAUGACGGUCUUUUUGGCUGAGCAAGUUCCGAAGUGCAUAGAGAGAAAUAAAGAGAAUCCGUGUGCCGGCAGUUGUAAGAAUAUGACGCUGGCCUCACAGCUAUCGGAGCAUAGUAGUGCAGAGGAAGCGCAAAAUUUCGCUGGAUUACUAGACCCGGUUCCGCCACAAUGCAUGCAUUUUCAAGAUUUUGAAAAGGAUGCACGCGGUUAUAUGGAGAAGAGUAACGAGACAAUGCCAGCCAAUGUGAUAGAGAAAAUGUUUCAAAGUGUGGAAAAUGCAAUCAAAUGUCAGUCGGAAAUCGAUCGAAUGGUGAGGCAGAAUUCGACAGUGAAGUUUUCAAAUAUAUCGCAUUCCGUUGAGAAAUCUGCCAUUGAAGUUCUUGUGAGUGUGUUUAUGCUUUCCAUUAUCGCGCAGCUGUUGAGAUGUUAGAUGGAAAAGUUAUAAAAUUAGAUUAAAGUAAAAAGUAUUAAAAGAAAAAUAUGUGUAGUUUCGUGCUGUUUAUUUUAAAUUAUUCUUAAAUUUAAUUAAACGGUUUGCAUUUACUAGUAUAUGUAUCGAAUAAGAUUGACUAGUGUUAGUAACCAAAUUAUAUGUUUUAUGUCUAUAAUUAUCUGUAAAAUGUAUGUAUUUAGCUAUACCUAAAAAAAAAAUAAAAAAUAAAACAAGACAACAAGUGCCGAGAUCAGGAU